AUGUGCGGCGUUCCUGGGAGAACACCUUUGCUGAAGCCUCUGUUUGAAGCUUUCCCGAUUGAAUUAAAAAAAAGAGUCAAAAGGGGAGAAGGAGAACUGGGGAAAAAGGGGAUGUGGAGGUGGGUUGCAAUGGGAGAGAGAGAGAGAGAAUUGGGGUUGGUUGAUGCGAGCUCCGAUAGUUCUUCUUCUGUUUGCAAAGGCACCAAAGGUGAAGAAGCAAGAAUGAAUCUAUUAAUCCCAGGGAGCAAGAGAAGAUGGCUUCAGUGGGGGAGGGGGAUCGCAGCAGGUAUCACUGCAUUGAUGAUUUGA